AUGUCUGCUCCUCGUUCAUCUCUUCGCGCGCUUCGCGCCGUCUCUAAGCCUGCAGCCACUCCUGCUCGCCGCAACCUACACAUCACCGGCGUGCAAUCUGCUCAACCAGCCAACACAGCCGAGAAGACCAUGUCCACCCAUGACAUCCUUCAAUCCCGUGCUUUGAGCAUCGCCAUGCGCCGAAUCAACGGCAGUGCCUUCUCAGACUCUCCCUCAACCCGCCAAUUCAACACCUCCCGCUCCUCCAAGGCCCUCAAUGACUCCUCCACUGUCGACUUCGUCUACAUGCCCACGAUGGCGGACCUCGACGCCGCCCCUCUGCACCGCGGCAUCCAGGUCCCGGUCCUUCCCGAGCUUCCUUCAAUCCGGGGACAUGCAUCCCCCUCUACCCCACCCAUGAAGCCACUGAUCUACACCGUCGCCGGUGACGGCGCCGACGUCGCUGCCAGCGCGAUGAGCGAGGUCGUCGACAACCAUGCCGUUGACCUGGACCCCUUCUCAUUGACUGAAGCCGUGGGCCGCUCCCGCGUGGGCGAGGAGAUCCAGCGCAGUCAGAACGGCAGUGCCCAACCUGGUGCUUUUAAAGAACUUUGGGCUGGCUUCCUGGAUGAUGUGAUGGGUCCCAAGGAGACUCUCCGGAAGUAA